CUGGCAUCCCAACGCCGACCAAUUAAGUGCUCGGGACAACCUGCAGACAAUGACUGCAGUAAGACCAAGCAUCCGGCUACGCCCAACCUGCCUACUACGGCAACCGUCGAUUAGCGGUGUAACUGCACCAUGUCGUUUUUCCCGACAAGCACUAGCGCUAUCACAAGCGAUAGGGCCAUUAGCAUCGUCACGCCUGCAGUUUUCCACCACACCCAAAUCCCGCCACCCAACAGCAACAUUCAAUCUCGAGAACCCUUACGGAGUGGAAACUCCCACACUGCUGCAUCAUCUUACUCCGGUGGCUCGCGGAGCUGAUACGCUCGAUCUCACAGACGUACCUUCCUUCGAAGACAUAAACAACUACUACUGGAAAUCCCCAUCAAUCCAAGCAUUCCUGCAAUCCUUCUCAACAGGUCAGUCGGUCGGUCUCAUCGAACUCGACCGUACGGUCUUUGGAGCCGACCCGCGAUCCGAUUUGCUCGCUCGCGCACUUCGCUACGAAGAGAGUUGGUUGGAACAGGGAACGGAGAGCACAAAGGCGUUGGGGCAGGUCCGUGGAUCUACGAGGAAGGCGUUUCCGCAAAAGGGAAGGGGAAAAGCACGUGUGGGAACUGUUCGUGCACCACAAUGGAAAGGAGGUUACAGAGUACACGGCCCCCGCCCGCACGACAAAUCCACCGACAUUCCCCGCAAAGUUUACUCCUUUGCCAUCCGCUCCGCCCUCUCCGCCAAAUUCCGCCAAGACCAGCUCCUCGUCGUCGACAGCUUAACCCUCGACUCGGACCUCAAAGCCACCCUAAUGGAGAAACUGCUCGCCUUAUCCGUCAAUAACAAAACCGUGUAUUUUAUGUACGGCAACGAGGAGCCCGAGGAGCUGCUGAUCAAGGCCGCGGGCAAGUUCAAGAGGAAGGAGCCGGUGCCAAAGGCGAAGGGGUUUGCGGGUCUGCCGGCUGAGAAGCCGCUGUUGGUGUCGAGUGCGAGGGAGGUUUCGGUCACGCCGUUGUUGAGGAACGAGAUUUUGGUGUUGGAUAAGGCGGCGGUGGAGGUCUUGGAGGAGAUGUAUCACCAGGAAUAGACGGGAUCUUUGCCCGGGAAACGGCCGUGAUGAUAAUGGAGCGGGUAUGACUCUGCUCAUGGUCGUAAUGGCCGUGGGAACACCGUGCACACGCUGGACAGGGGUUGCAAUUCGUCCGCAGGGACCACGAGGACGUUGCCCCUAUAAUGGCACGGACACGCUGUUUUCUGUCCGAGCCAGCCUUGUCCUGCGAUGGAGGAUACUUCGAAGCCCAGCCUGGCAGAUAUAGGUCGCAACGACACCAGCUCCCCUCACGUGUAGAUAUGGAGCGCUUGACCGCGCGUAUAGAUUUUUAUUACACAUCUCCAGCAUGCAUAAUUCA